AUGAACAAUUCCAAGUCCAAGAUUAAGCAUCAUUCAUUAGAGGAUAUAAAUACUUUGAUUACAGAAACCCUUGAGGCCUGUAAAGCAGUUCUCCUUGAGCAUCUUCAUUAUGUCAUGCUUUGGAAAGCGUUAAAGGACCAAGUGAGAAAAGGUGAAUUGACAGAUGUAGAAACACUUUCUUCACGAGUAAUUAAAGGCGGUGAGGAUGUUCCUGUUGGACACAUACGAAAAAUUCAUCCAGUACUCGAUCAAUGUAGUUUCUAA